AUGAUCGACGACAAAGAUUCCCAGCUCGAAAAGGGGUCUUCGACUUCUCUAGAUGCCGACACAGCUUCUCGUUCUUUGCCUACGGAGCAGAGUCGUCCGACGGCUGCAGAUACGUCCGAGGGUGGUAGUAAAGCGUACUUGUCACUUCUUGGUGGCUCCUUGGGUCUAUUCAUAUCCUUUGGUUGGGUAAACUGCAUUGCGUUAUUCCAGGCUUACUAUGAAAGGAAUCAGUUGAAGGGCUAUUCUUCAUCUGAAGUCUCGUGGAUUACAUCAACCGAGUUCUUCUUUAUGCUUUCCAUGUCGCCCUUGUCGGGCUACUUAUUCGAUAGCUAUGGACCACGCCUACCGAUCUUCCUCGGUGGCAUUUUGCACGUGUUUGGGCUCAUGAUGGCUAGUCUGUCGAGCGAGUAUUACCAAUUCAUGCUGAGCCAAUCCAUCUGCUCGGGUAUUGGAACCUCCUUGAUUUUCACACCGGCUAUGACUGCGCCUAUGACCUACUUCAAAAAGCGUCGAGCCCUCGCGGGAGGACUCACUGUCGCAGGGAGCUCUCUCGGCGGGGUCAUCUUCCCUCUCAUGGUCAAUAAUUUGCUACCACAAGUCGGUUUCGGAUGGACAAUGCGAAUCUGUGCAUUCCUGAUCCUUGCUUUGUGGAUUGUCACUCUGAUGACCAUCACCUCCAACAUGAACCAUGUGCGAAAGGACUUCCAAAUCUCCAACUACCUCCGACCAUUUACAGAGCCGACCUAUCUGAUCCUACUCGUCUUCUGCUUCUUCCUAUAUUGGGGCCUCUUCGUCCCAUUCGACUAUCUCGUAGUCUCAGCCAUACACGACGGAAUGUCAGCCACCAUGGCAUUCAAUCUAAUCCCCAUCAUGAACGGCGCCAGUUUUUUCGGCCGCACAAUUCCCAACGCCCUGGCCGACAAAUUCGGACGAUUCAACGUCCUGAUCGUGAUGGUGAUUUUCACAGGCAUCAUUACCCUGGGAUUGUGGUAUCCAGGCCACAGCAAUGCAGCCAUCAUCGUGUAUGCGGCAAUCUUCGGAGUCAGCUCGGGGGCGUGUAUCGGUUUGACGCCUCCUUUGGUCAUGAACAUCACCAAGGAUCCGAGAGAGGUCGGGUUCCGAAUCGGUUCUGCUCUUGCUGUUGCGGGUAUAGGUACCCUUACCAGUCCCCCUAUUGCUGGAGCUAUCGCUGGACUUAGUGGGGGCUCGUUUUCUAAUGCGGCUAUCUUCAGUGGUGUGAACUUUUUAGUCUCAGCCGUUUUUCUUGUCUGGUUGAGGGGGAGGAUUUCCGGCUGGGAUCCACGCACGAACGCCUGA